CCGCCCCGGGUCUGGGGCUCGGGCGGGGUGGGGGCGGCGGGAGGGCAGCUCCGCGGGGCUUCGCGCCAUGACAUCAGCCCUGCUGUGGUGCAGUGUGCAAAGCCCACUGGUUGGCGUGGCCCGGGACACGCCUUCCCCCGAGCGGAACAAAACGGGGCGCGGGCCGGGCGCACCCAGCCGCCACUUCCGAGAACGUUCCCACCCGCGCGCCGCGCAGCCAGCUGCCAGAAUGCCGAACUGGGGCGGAGGCAAGAAAUGUGGGGUGUGCCAGAAGACGGUUUACUUUGCGGAAGAGGUUCAGUGUGAAGGCAGUAGCUUCCAUAAAUCUUGCUUCCUGUGCAUGGUCUGCAAGAAGAAUCUGGACAGCACCACUGUGGCUGUGCAUGGUGAAGAGAUCUACUGCAAGUCGUGCUAUGGCAAGAAGUACGGGCCAAAAGGCUAUGGCUACGGGCAGGGCGCAGGCACGCUGAGCACCGACAAGGGGGAGUCUCUGGGCAUCAAGCACGAGGAGGCCCCUGGCCACAGGCCCACCACCAACCCUAAUGCAUCCAAGUUUGCCCAGAAGAUUGGUGGCUCUGAGCGCUGCCCCCGAUGCACCCAGGCAGUCUAUGCUGCCGAGAAGGUGAUCGGUGCCGGGAAGUCCUGGCAUAAGUCCUGCUUCCGGUGUGCCAAGUGCGGCAAAGGCCUCGAGUCCACCACCCUGGCUGACAAGGAUGGCGAGAUUUACUGCAAAGGAUGCUACGCUAAAAACUUCGGACCCAAGGGCUUCGGCUUUGGGCAAGGAGCUGGGGCUUUGGUCCACUCUGAGUGAGGCUGCCGCCACCCACGCACGCUGCCCACUCCCGUGCUUUUCAUCGCCUAUCCUUCCCAGCAGCCUCGGCGACCUCCAGGAUUCUUCCUCUCUCUCUUAGCCCUGCCACACAUCACUAAUGACCUGAACUUGGGUGUCUGGCCCCCUUUGGUUUGGAGUCUACGUGAGGUCCCACCCCUCUAAAGGGCUCCCUCUGCCUGGGAUCUGACCCGUCACCAGAAGGAAACCUCAGUGUUUCAGUGUAGGUGGGACCCGACCCCUCCUCCUACACCCCGCCCCACAGUCCUCUGUUCUUGGCCUGUUAGGCUGAGUGUCUGUCAUCAACCUGCCAAGAUCCCUGAGCCCACAUCUCAGAUCCCAGAGGAGCAGUAGGCCCAGUGGGGAGGGAAGCAGGACCAUGAUGGGGCAGAGGAAGCUUGUGGUUUAUUGGAUCCUGGAGAUUCUCCUCUGUGGGUAAGAGGGUGGGCUUCUUGGUGUCCCGUAGAAUAGGCCUGGGAUGUCCCAGCUCCGGGAGUUAUUAGGUGGAUGCAGAAAGGCACAGAGAAAGACCAUGGACUGUAGGAGCCACUUGCUUCUCUGGGCCUCUUGCCUCUGAGGCUCUGGGGACCUGGUGUCCUCCCCUUCCGGAUGAGAGAACAACUUAGGUCUGAGAGCCCCAAAGUCAAGAUGUGGUCUGACCUCCCCAGGAGUCUAGUUCCUUGUUUGACAGAAGCCCUAAUGAAACACCCCUAACACAUACUUUCAUUUAUCAGUGGCCCCAACCUGAGGGUAAAUAGCUCUGCCCCUACCCCUGGGUCCCGAGGCUAUGGUGGCAGCUCCUCUCAUCACAGCACAGACCAGGCCAGUGCUCUGUUCUUACCACUCCUGCUUGACCCUCGGAUGUGGAGGGAGGCACACACAGCCUCAGUCUUGAUCUGGACCCCUUCCCUGUGUGCCCGGUCCGCAGGACCCCACCUGCCCACUCGGGGCCUCGCCCCUUCCAUCCCACCCUUCUCCAGGGACCCUUCCCCGGCCACAUCACUCCCAUCCCUUCCAGGCCCUCCCACUCAGGAGCAGCAGGAGGAAGGGGAGGGGCUGGGUCUCGCUGCUCCCAGUGACUGAAAGGACAACACUAUAUGGAGCUGUCACCUGGAAGGGCUGCAGGCAUGAGCUGUAUUCAAGCUGAUUUCUCAUCUGGUCAAUAAAGCUCUUAGAACAGAA